UCACAGGGAGGCGUGGCCGGCGUUUGGUCACGUGCCACCGCCGUUGAAUCCCGCAGGUCAACGGACUGAACGGAACAGACUCGCCGGACGAAUCCGCCGCGAUUACCGGAGCGCCGCCGUGAACCUCACACAGUUCAUUAUGUCGGCGAUUCAGCGGAUGAAAGUCGCGAACGAGAAACACAGCAAGACGAUCACGCAGAGAGGACACGUGCAAAAAAACACGCGGGUGGUAAAUGAAGACAAGAAUCCCGUGGGUCCGUGGCUUCUGGCGCUCUUUGUGUUCGUGGUCUGUGGUUCAGCGAUCUUUCAGAUUAUCCAGAGUAUCAGGCAGGGCAUGUAAGCGCUGAGAUGUCUGCGUUCUGGAGAUCUGUGUGAACAUCACAAUCACUUUCUCAAUCUUCUGCACUGAGAUGUUUUCUUCCGCUAUUCCUCUGACAUCCGUUUGAUGAUAACUUUUAUUUGUGUGUGUGUGUGUGUGUGUGUGUGUGUGUGUGUGUGAUCUGUUCAUAACUCACGAUAAACUCAUUAGCUCUCAGUCUCAUUAUUUUAUCAUGUGUUACCUGUUUCAGUUCUACACUGAUUUUAUUUUAUUUUCAAUAAACAUGAGAUUACGAGAUUUUGUAUCAAUUCACGGAAAUGGCCAUGUGUAAAUUCAAACAUUACAAUUUUCUUCCUCACUGUUACAGUACAUUGAUGCUGUGUUAUAAUGAUUUUAUACAAAUAAAAGGUAUUUUCUCUA